CCCGCGGCGGCCCGGGCUGGGGGACGCGGCUCGCCGGCCCGGUGCGGGCGGGGUGCGCUCGGCUGCGGCUGCGGCUGCCAGCGACCCCGCGGGACGGCCGCGCGUCAUGGUGGACUACUACGAAGCGCUGGGUGUGAGCCGCAACGCCACCGCCGACGACAUCAAGAAGGCGUACAGGAAGGCAGCACUGAAAUGGCACCCGGACAAAAACCCGGACAACAAGGAAUACGCCGAGCAGAAGUUCAAGGAAAUCGCUGAGGCCUAUGAAGUGCUGUCAGACAAGCAGAAGCGCGAUGUCUAUGACCGCUAUGGCAAAGAGGGCCUCAUGGGGGCAGCAGGGCCAGGGGGCUCCAGAGCCGAUGCUGGGGCUCCUGAAUUCACCUUCACCUUCCGCAGCGCUCACGAUGUUUUCCGGGACUUCUUUGGCGGGCGAGAUCCCUUUGCUGACUUCUUUGAUGAGAUGCUGCCCUUCUCUGAGCUGCGGGGAGCUGGCCCCCGGCACCACGGAGGGGGACACUUCUUCUCCACCUUCCCUGGAUCCUCAGAUUUCUUCACCUCAUCCUUCAGCUCGGGGGCUGAUGCAGGGCUGGGAUUCCGUUCCGUCUCCACCUCCACCACCUUUGUUAAUGGUCGACGUAUCACCACAAAGCGGAUUAUUGAGAAUGGGCGGGAGCGGGUGGAAGUGGAGGAGGAUGGGGAGCUGAAGUCGAUCCACAUCGAUGGUGUCCCUGACGACAUGGCGCUGGGGCUGGAGUUGAGCCGGCGGGAGCAGCAAGCCUUCCCCAGCCCACGCCCCCCUUCGUCCCCACCACCUACCCCACGGCGGCCUCCGAGCUCCUCGCCCAUCUGCCUCUACACAGACAGCGAGGAUGAGGAUGAGGACUUGCAGCUGGCCAUGGCCUACAGCCUCUCUGAGAUGGAGGCCGCGGGGCACCACCAAGCAGGUGUGUUCUGAGGCUGCUGCGCCCAGGGACCGUGCACGCCUGCUCGCCCAUGGAGGCACAGAGGACUCCGCUUUGUCCCUGCACGGCCACCCCCUGCCACCUCCUUCCCUUAGCACCCUGCAGCUCCAUGGGAUAUAGUGGGGGUGGGGGGAAAAGUGGGGGGGAUGGUUAGUGCGUGUGGCCAAGCAAGAUCCAUAGGAUUAGAAAGGUGGACCCUGAGCAUGCCCCAUGCACCACAUGCUGGGUGCUGGGGAGGAGGUGGUGAGAGGGGGCUGGAGCAGGGAUUGCUGUAGCUUAGCCCGAGCUGGCUGCUGGGGGGGUACAGAUCUUGCUCCCCUGCGGUGAGGUUCAGGGGCACAGGGGACUGUGGCAGGCAGUGAGGAGCAGUCAGCCAGGGCAAAGGUAAUGGUGCCUGCUUCUGCCUCCAUCCCCUCACCCGCAGCCCCCCCAAACCCCAUCUGCCUACAGCAGUCAAUAAACCUGUUUGCAGGAG